AUGGAUGCUGCUGAUCGUCUGCUACAUAAUGAUAGAUUAGUGACACGUGAAUUAGAAGACGACCAGUUGUUAUUAACUGCAAAGACAUCAGGAGUCAAAUGUGAUAUAAUAAAUGAAUGCAAGGUGUUCCUAAAAGCUGAAGAUGGAGGUGGUGAUGCACAAUUGAAUACAACUGCCACUAUGAUUCAGGAUAAUCAAGAUAAUAAUAAAUUUGUUACUUCAACAACAGAUCAAAAACAGGAUUCAUCAACUGGCCAACAGAGUGAUUCAAAUCCUGAAUGUGAUAUGAAUGUUGUUCCCGAAUUGCCAAUGGAUGAAGGACUUCCAAGUACCGUGACGGUAUUAGAUACUCCUGAUGGUGGAAAAGUGUAUUUAGUGGGUACUGCACAUUUCAGCAUAAAGUCCCAAGAAGAUGUAUCCAGGGUAAUACAAGAAGUAAACCCCCAUAUUGUAAUGGUGGAGUUAUGUGAGCAAAGGACCAAUAUUCUACUAUUAGAUGAAGAAGUCAUACUUAGGGAAGCCAAGAACAUAAAUAUUAAAAAGAUCAGAGCAACGAUGGCUCAAAAUGGAGUGUUCAAUGGUUUGAUGUAUAUUCUCCUUUUGAAUAUGUCUGCCCACAUCACUCGGGAAUUAGGAAUGGCUCCGGGUGGAGAGUUCCGACGAGCAAUGGCAGAGGCAAAAAAAAUACCAAAUUGUAUCGUUCAGUUGGGCGACCGUGCAAUUGAUGUGACAUUGCACAGAGCUAUAGCAUCCUUAUCGUGGGGACAAACAAUCAAAUUUAUAUGGCACCUUCUUACGUCAAAUCAGACAAUAAGUCUGGAAGAAGUGGAAAAAUGUAAACAAAAAAAAAUGUUAGAGGAUAUGUUAGAGGAAAUGGCUGAAGAAUUCCCUGCCCUGAAACGAGUGUUUGUUGUAGAAAGAGAUAUGUAUCUCUGUCAUUCCUUGCAAGUCGCAGCUUCGCAACCACGUCGAGAGCCUUGUCGCAUCGUGGGUGUUGUCGGCAUCGGCCACGUGGCGGGUAUUGUGGAACAUUGGGGUAAAAUAACUCCAAAUGAUAUCCCACCAUUAUUACAGAUCCCGCCUCCGUCUCUAUCCACACGGGUGAUCAGAGUCUCUAUCCGCGUAGCAUGUGUAGGCGCCCUUAUCUACGCCGGGUACAAGCUCGUGCCCCGCCGUUGGUUGCCAUGA